CGCGUGAGAGGACUGGCUCCCCGCGCUCCUCGGCAGCGUAGUCGGGUCCCCUCCCCCCCGGAAGGUUCGCGAAGGAGAAGCCGCCGCCGAGGACGAGGAACCGCUGGUGCCGGUCCCCUGGGGCGCCAUGGCGACCGGAGCGAACGCCACGCCGCUGGACUUCCCAAGUAAGAAGAGGAAGAGGAGCCGUUGGAACCAAGACACAAUGGAACAGAAGACAGUGAUUCCAGGCAUGCCCACAGUUAUCCCCCCUGGACUGACUCGGGAACAAGAAAGAGCUUAUAUAGUGCAACUACAGAUAGAAGACCUGACUCGUAAACUGCGCACAGGAGACCUGGGCAUCCCCCCUAACCCUGAGGACAGGUCCCCUUCCCCUGAACCAAUCUACAACAGCGAGGGGAAGCGGCUUAAUACUCGAGAGUUCCGUACUCGAAAAAAGCUUGAAGAGGAGCGACACACCCUCAUCACAGAGAUGGUUGCUCUCAACCCGGACUUUAAACCACCUGCGGAUUACAAGCCUCCAGCAACACGCGUGAGUGAUAAAGUGAUGAUCCCCCAAGAUGAGUAUCCAGAAAUCAAUUUUGUGGGGCUCUUAAUUGGGCCCAGAGGGAACACCCUGAAGAACAUUGAGAAGGAGUGCAACGCCAAGAUCAUGAUACGGGGCAAAGGAUCUGUGAAAGAGGGGAAAGUGGGGCGCAAAGACGGCCAGAUGUUGCCAGGGGAGGAUGAACCUCUUCAUGCCCUAGUCACUGCCAAUACCAUGGAGAAUGUCAAAAAGGCAGUAGAGCAGAUCAGAAACAUCCUGAAGCAGGGUAUUGAGACCCCAGAGGACCAGAAUGAUCUACGGAAGAUGCAGCUUCGAGAGUUGGCUCGCUUGAAUGGUACUCUACGGGAAGAUGACAACAGGAUCUUAAGACCUUGGCAGAGCUCAGAGACACGCAGCAUUACCAAUACUACCGUGUGUACCAAGUGUGGAGGGGCUGGCCAUAUUGCCUCUGAUUGCAAAUUUCAGAGGCCUGGCGACCCUCAGUCAGCUCAGGAUAAAGCACGGAUGGAUAAAGAAUAUUUGUCCCUUAUGGCUGAGCUAGGGGAAGCUCCUGUCCCUGCAUCUGUGGGCUCCACCUCUGGACCUGCCACCACACCCCUGGCCAGUGCACCAAGACCUGCUGCUCCUGCCAGCAACCCACCACCACCGUCUCUCAUGUCUACAACGCAGAGUCGCCCACCCUGGAUGAAUUCUGGUCCUUCAGAGAAUCGGCCCUACCAUGGCAUGCAUGGAGGUGGCCCUGGUGGGCCUGGAGGUGGCCCCCACAGCUUCCCACACCCAUUACCUAGCCUGACAGGUGGGCAUGGUGGACAUCCCAUGCAGCACAACCCAAAUGGACCACCACCACCUUGGAUGCAGCCGCCACCACCACCAAUGAACCAGGGCCCCCAUCCACCUGGGCACCAUGGCCCUCCUCCAAUGGAUCAGUACCUGGGAAGUACGCCUGUGGGCUCUGGGGUCUAUCGCCUGCAUCAAGGAAAAGGUAUGAUGCCGCCGCCGCCUAUGGGCAUGAUGCCGCCGCCUCCGCCACCUCCCAGUGGGCAGCCCCCGCCUCCUCCCUCUGGCCCUCUUCCUCCAUGGCAGCAGCAGCAGCAGCAGCCUCCACCACCCCCUCCGCCCAGCAGCAGUAUGGCUUCCAGCACCCCCUUGCCAUGGCAGCAAAAUACGACGACUACCACCACGAGCGCUGGCACAGGGUCCAUCCCGCCAUGGCAACAGCAGCAGGCGGCUGCCGCAGCUUCUCCAGGAGCCCCUCAGAUGCAAGGCAACCCCACUAUGGUGCCCCUGCCCCCCGGGGUCCAGCCGCCUCUGCCGCCCGGGGCCCCUCCCCCUCCGCCGCCUCCGCCACCUGGUUCCGCCGGCAUGAUGAUCCCUCCCCGCGGCAGCGAUGGCCCGAGCCAUGAGAGUGAGGACUUUCCGCGCCCAUUGGUGACUCUUCCAGGCAGACAGCCUCAGCAGCGCCCCUGGUGGACAGGAUGGUUCGGCAAAGCAGCCUGAGUUAUUUUUGUGGACGGAAUCGGAACACGCUGGCUCCAUAUUGUGAAAUUUUUAUUAAUUUUUAUCUUUUUCCUUUGUUACUUCCUUAUCUUUUCCUUUCUUCAGACUCCGUCCAAGGAGAUGCUCUCCCCGGUCUUCUGCUGCAGAUAGAAUUCCUUUUCCUUGUCUCCAUUCCUCUUCUUCCCAAGGAGAGAGGAGCAAAUGGUUUAGGCACAGACUUUGACCAUAAAUGUCAGGCUUGGGGUUGUGGGGGCGGGUCCUGUGUGUGGUUUAUCUUUGCCACCUUUUAAAGUGUCUUGAGAAUUUUGACAUUGCUAGAUAGGGUUAAUCCAGCCCUGGGAUUCACAUCUUCCUGCACGCCUGCCAGCAGUAAGUGGGACAAGCCAAGCCACUAUAGGCCUGCCUGCCAGCCUGGAGUCUUUUCCCAUGCUCCUGAUCACCUAAGCUGCCUCAGAUGCCAUUUGCUUCUCUUCUUCCUGGAAAGCUUCCUUUUAUGUUUUAUUUUGACCCCAGACGUCCAGAUGUUUUGCAGUGUCUGGGGCUUGAGCCCCUUGUUCUUCGUUCUGCUUCUUUGCCCCCCCCCCCUCAUGGAGUGAUUAUGUUGACAAUAAUGUGUAAUGCGCGUUCUUUUCACUGGUUUAUCUACAGAAAUUUCUCUGGGCUUUUUUUCGGUGUUUUGAGUCAACACUGCACUAAAGUGGGGGGGAUGUUCCAUUGAAUAAAAGAGCAGUGUGGUUUUC